AUGAAACCACAGUCGAUUGGCGCCGUUGAUUACGCACAUCGAAACAGAGAUUUAAAGCAAUGCGUCUUACCCGAAGUGAGUGAACUAACGCAGAGAGAGAACAAUUUUGCAGUAAAAGAAAACAGAGAAGUGCGUUGCGCAGCAGAGCAAAACCCGUUUAAAGUUGAAUGGAUAAAUGGAUGGGUUGUAGAGAGGACUGAUCGUUUCGCUAUCCUUACUGGACCACUUUUACCAUCAUCGGCUCCGUCUUCCUUGUUUUUGGCAAAACAGUUCACUAAACUCUGCUCUUCUGGCCUUCAUCUCGAUUACGGCAACGAAACAGUGGAUACAUGUAUCGUGAUAACAUUAACACACGUAGAGUUCCUUGUUGUCGGUUGUGCGUAUCUAAACAGAUACAAUGAACUUUUAGAUUAA